AUGGCGAACCGAGGCGGCUACGAUGCCGUAGUGGAUGUUGAUGCGGAGGGGGAUCUCGGGCAUACCGACCUCAACGACGACCUCGAAUUCCACAACUCCAACUUCGACUCCAAUCCCAACGGCCGCAAAGUCCAACCCGACACCACCUUCCUCACCCCAAGCGGCCGCGCAAACGGGGGCUCCUCUUCGUCCUCCUCCAAACGCUUCCUCUGGAGCAUAAGCUUCUACCAGCAAUUCUUCGACGUCGACACCUCCCAAAUCCUGCACCGAUGCCGCAGCGCCCUCUACCCCCGCGCCCUCUUCCUCGACGUCAUGGAGGGCAAUCCCGACCUGUACGGGCCGUUUUGGAUCGCGACAACGGUGGUGGUCAUCUUAUUCAUGACGGGCACGAUCAGCCAGUACUUGCAAACGGCGGAUCGGGGGUACUACGCGUAUGAUUUCAAGCUGUUGAGUGGUGCGGCGGGGCUGAUUUAUGGGUACACUUUGUUCAUUCCGCUUGCGCUUUGGGCGGUGCUCAAGUGGUUUGGGAGUGAGGGGGCGAAUGUGUUGGAGUUGUGGGCGCUGUAUGGGUAUGGCAAUUUGAUCUGGAUUCCUGUUGCUCUGGUGAGCUGGAGUCCGUUGAGCAUUCUUAAUUACGCCUUCACCGCAGCAGGAUUGGUCCUAUCGGCGGGAUUCUUGAUGCGAAAUCUAUAUCCCAUCAUCACCGCCAUCGACGCGAAACGGCCAACGUCGUCGGUCAUCAUCGUGGGAGUGGUUCUGCUGCACGCCGGGCUGGCCAUCGCAAUCAAGAUUCUGUUCUUUGCUCACGGUAGCCCGGCUGCGAAGGUUCCAGCUGGCGACGACUCUUCAUGA